GAGGCUACAACCCAGAAAAUAUAAGUUCCUUUCCACCAACCCCCAAUUCCAUAAGAAUCUCUCUCCCGAAAAUAAAAAGAACUCGUUUUUCCGACCGUUGAUUGAUGGGGUACUCAUUCGAUCCAACGGUCAAAGAUUCCCCAACUCAGUUCUUCUUCUUCAGUUACAAAGUUUGAGGUUGUUUCCUUUGCAGGGUUCGAGAAAGAAAGGGAAAGGAACAAAAUGAGGAUGACAAAGUCUCGGGUGUGGCAGCCAUGCAAGAAGAAGAGGUCUUGAUAGCUCUAGAGAGAGAAAGUCAAGGAAUUUAGAGAGAGAGAUUAACAAGAAGAAGAAGAUGAAGAUGACGUCACGGUCAGGGCAUUCUAUCAGCGGUGGCAGGACCCGAGUGGGAAAAUAUGAACUGGGUCGGACCUUGGGUGAGGGAAACUUCGCUAAGGUGAAGUUUGCACGGAACACUGAGACCGGAGAGAACGUCGCCAUCAAAAUUCUAGACAAAGAAAAAGUUCUCAAGCACAAAAUGAUAGGCCAGAUAAAACGUGAAAUAUCAACAAUGAAACUGAUUAGACACCCGAAUGUCAUACGUAUGCAUGAGGUGAUGGCUAGCAAGACAAAGAUAUACAUUGUAUUGGAACUUGUGACUGGUGGGGAACUGUUUGAUAAAAUUGCAAGCCGCGGAAGACUGAAAGAAGAUGAAGCAAAAAAAUAUUUUCAGCAGCUUAUAUGUGCUGUGGAUUACUGUCACAGUAGAGGCGUUUGCCAUAGAGACCUAAAGCCGGAGAAUUUGUUGCUGGAUGCUGAUGGAGUGCUUAAAGUAUCAGAUUUUGGAUUGAGUGCACUACCUCAACAAGUUCGAGAAGAUGGACUGCUUCACACAACAUGUGGUACACCAAAUUAUGUUGCCCCAGAGGUGAUCCAUAACAAAGGCUAUGAUGGUGCAAAGGCUGAUCUCUGGUCAUGUGGUGUUAUUCUUUUUGUUUUAAUGGCUGGCUAUUUGCCCUUCGAAGAGAGCAACCUUAUGGCUUUGUAUAAAAAGAUUUUCAAGGCUGAGUUCACUUGUCCUCAAUGGUUUUCUACAAGUGCGAAGAAACUAAUGAAGAGAAUCCUUGAUCCCAAUCCUGCUACACGGAUUACAAUUGCUGAGGUCAUUGAGAAUGCAUGGUUCAAGAAGGGGUAUGAGCCUCCUAGAUUUUCGCAGGCAAAUGUUAGUCUCGAUGAUGUGAAUGCUAUUUUCAAUGAAGCUACCGAUUCACAAAAUCUUAUUGUGGAGAGGCGAGAAGAGGGGCCAGUGGCACCUAUGACUAUGAAUGCGUUUGAGCUUAUCUGUACAUCUCAGGGCCUCAACCUUGGAAAUCUUUUUGAGAAGAAGAUGGGACUUGUUAAAAGGGAAACAAGAUUCACAUCCAAAUGUUCAGCGAAUGAGAUAAUUUCAAAAAUUGAGCAGGCUGCAGUGCCUUUGGGUUUUGAUGUUAAGAAGAACAACUGCAAGUUGAAGAUUCAAGGGGAAAAGACUGGGCGUAAAGGUCAUCUAUUAGUAGCCACUGAGAUCUUUGAGGUGGCCCCUUUCCUUAACAUGGUUGAACUCCGAAAAUCUGGAGGAGAUACUCUGGAAUUUCACAAGGUGCAAGUACAUCAACAUAAUUUGUUUCUCACAUCUCUCUUCGUGCAUACACAUGUUGUGUUCUUGACUGAGUGGGGGCAGUUGCUUGAAGGAUUCUAUCAUUUAUCCAACUUGAUAGAUAUACUGGGGGCGUUUGGUAGAGGAAAAAAAAUUUAGUGUCUGGGAAUCAUGAUUUUAAGAAAUAUGAUGAGAAAAUAGAUUACUUAGAAAUAUUGCAAAAAAGUUGUUUGAUAUGACAAAAUUUUAUCAGGAUUAUUUGGUUAAAUUUACUGUGUUUGGUUUAUGGUUUAAUAUUGAUGGGAAUG